AUGUUUUGGACUAAUUUAAAAUUAUUCUUUAUUAUAACACUUUGCAAUUAUGCGACGGCAAAAGUUGCGCCCGACUACAUAAAACCAUGCCCAGGGCUAAAAACGGAAUGUUUAAAGCCGAAUAUUCUAGAAACAAUCCCUCUGUUUGUAAAGGGCAUCCCUAGCUUAGGUAUAAACUCGUCGGAUCCUCUACAGCAGGAAAAAGUAGAUUUGGAGCUGCCCGGAGGCUUACAGAUACACUUUCGAGACGGUCUGUUAACUGGAUUCAGAAAAUGCGUGGUGGAAUCUGUAAGUUAUUUAGAUCUGGAAGCGGACCUAUCAUUGCGUUGUAAUUUGACCGUAAAAGGAAAGUACUCAGCGACAGGAAGAAUUUUGAUUGUUAGCAUUAAUGGAGAUGGGGAUGCUAAAAUAAAAACACCCAAUAUCCAAUUUGAGUCAAAACUAAUAUUCCAAGAUGUGGUUCGUGAUGGCGUUGAAUACAGAGUUGUGAAGGAUUACAAAGUGAAGUACCAGUUUGGAGAAAAAGUUACGUUUGCAUUCACUAAUUUGUUUAAGGGAAAUCCCCAAUUAAGUGAAACUGUUUUGCUAUUUCUGAAUGAAAAUUGGAAGCAAGUUGUGGACGAAUUUGGCAAACCAGUGGUCGAUACGAUCAUCAAAGCGACGUUUAAUAACAUUAAACGAUUCUUCGAUAAAAUUCCGAAGAAUGAGCUUUUUGUAGAUUAA